AUGAUAUCGUUCUUCCAAAUUCUCCUUUACGCAUUAAGCGGUCUAAAAGAUAUUCCGAUGGAUGAACAUCCAGAUUCCGCGGUCAAACUAAUUCCGACAUCAGAUGAUAUUAAAAUGGCCAACAAAACCGACUUUUCGGAAAUUCUUGAUCAGAGUUUAAUGAUUAUGAAUACGAGCGCCGAUGUUUGUACAAAUUUUUACGGUUUCGCCUGCGGAAAUUAUGGAUCUUUUCUGAGAGAUAAGGCUAUCGAUUACACCAGUGGAAUUAAAAAUCCAUGGGGCCCCACUAAACAACAAAUGGAAUUAGAGUUGAAGCAGGAAAUACGAGAUAUUCUAGGUGGAAAAAUGUUGAAUGAUUUACAACCACAACACGAAUAUCUGCUGAGACAAGUUCGAUCCUAUUACCAAUCCUGCAUGAGCAACCAAAAUAAUUAUCAAAUAUUUUCGGGUCUGAUGAAUGAGUAUUUUAACGAUAGCGUCAUCUUGCACACAAACGAGACGAUUUUCAAAAAUAAUCUAUUAGAUUUAUUCGGAAGAUUGCAAUGGAAUCUUGGGUUUGAAUUCUUCUUUAGAAUGAGUGUAAUAAAGUCUGACAAGGACAACAGAUCCUUAAUUUACAUUUAUAAACCGGAAAUCACAGCAAUCCUUGAUAUUUAUAAGCACAGGUAUUACUAUUUUGGUUUACUAACCUACGUUGGAGAAUUGUUAGAAAAACUAAACAUGAGUAGGAGCUUGGCGCAGGAUAUAAUAAACUUCGAAGAAACUCUUAUACAUACCUUAGAUCAAUACCAUCUAUGUGAAGAAAAUGAAGUUGAUAUUCUGACUGCAUACGAAACCAUGAGAUUCAUAAAUCUUGAAAGUCUACUGAGAGGGAGAUCCAAGGUUUCACUCAAAAAUGUUAGGGUGAAAUACUGUGAAAAUUAUAUCGUGAUGCUUAACAAUUGGUUCAAACGAACUCUACCUUCAAAUAACGAAAUGUUUUAUAACUACAUGAAAGUAUUUGCGGCGAGCAGAUUGUUGCAUUAUACAGGAUCGGCAAAUAAUGUCAGAGAAAAGUAUAUUAGAUUCCUAGGGUUUGAUGUCUCCGGAGCCGAUAUUUGCCAAGACGAAACAAUGGCCAUGUUUGACGACAUCGUAACUGCCACUUAUAUUCACAAAACUGGAUUUAAACAAUCCGAUUCUCAGUUGAAUAUUCUGCUCAAGGAAGCUAAAUCUAUGGUUCAAAAACAUCUUGACGAUAUUCAACUUAGACAGCAUAUAGAUAUCGAACUUGGAUAUCCGGACUAUAUCAACCAUAUGUCGAGAUUGUACGAAUAUUAUAAAGAUGUAAUGUGA